AUGUAUGGUGUUGGUGUUUGUUUUGCUGCUCUUCUCGCUGCUGCUGCUGUUGAUACUGCUGAUGGUGUAGAUAUUGCGGCUGUUGUAUGUAUUGCUGCUGCUGUGUAUAUUUCUGUUGCUCUUGCUGUUGUUGUAUUUGAGUUAAAAAGUGCUAUUGCAUUUAUUCUCACAUGUAAGAAUGAAAAUUUAAUACCUAUUUUUGCUCGUGUUCGUUUGGCAAAUCCGUAUAUAGCCGAUGCUAAGCUAAGGCAAAAGUGCGCUCGUAAUAUUUUGCAAGCUGAAAUGAAGUUCAAACAGCAUCUUUUGAGUCGAACUACAAAAUAUUUGAGACGACUGGACACCGAAUUAAAACAAAGUGUCUCUCAUAUUAUUUAUAUUCGUUUACAAUCUAUUUCACAAGAAAUUCUUAAAGAAAAGAUGGACGAGAUUGAAAGAACACACGAGACAAAACUCAAUGGUUUACGUGAAAAAAAACAAAGACGUGCUCCACAACGACAGAUUCUUGACCCGGUAACAAAUCGUCCACGUGAGAUUGUCGAUCCGGUGACAAAUCUUCCGCAGGAGAUGGGUGAUCCGGUGACAAAUCUUUCAAAAUACAACUUAACCGAUAGCGAGCAUGAUGCUCUAGUUAAUGGAUUACAUCAUGUAUAUCCACCUGAAAAACUCGAUCAACCACAGUUCGUAUGUAAUAUGUAA